UAGUUCAUGUCAAAGGUUAAUGGUAUAGUUUAGUGGUAUUAUGACUAGAAAAUACGGGAGUGGCCAUAUUCAACUUUGCUACAGCUAUGCCUUGAAGUCCCUGAGGAUGAUAUGUUGACAGGGAACAAUAGUGAAUGGAAAAUCUGGGAUUAGCAAAUGGAAAAUAGAAAAGCUAUGCUUUGCCUGAAAACCCAGUCCCAAACUCUCUAGUAAAAUGGUUUCAGGAGAGCUUGGCAGAAACUGACUUCACAUAACAUGGGAUGUUACUCUGCAUUGUUUCCACGCAUUCUGUCAGAAUGAGUGAGUAACUCAGGUUGGCUGAGCUUCAAGGAAGGGGAUAGAGACACCAUGAGGGUCACAUCAAAGGAUCUGUGGACAUGGUUCAGACCUACCUACUCAGUGGUUACUUAUCCUUCCUUGCACAGUCCUGUGCUUCCAUCCCUGGAGUUAAUAAUUAUCUUGUUGUUUUGGUUGUCAAAAAUCACCUUGGGUACAUAUUAGUUUUCUAUUGCUUUGUGACAAAUUACCACAAACUUAGUGACUUAAAAACAACACCCAUUUGUUAUCUGACUGUUUCUGUUGGUCACACAGCAUAACUGGGUUCUUCUCCUCCAGAUCUCACAGUGUUGAAAUAAACAGAUUUUUUUUUAAAGAUUUUUUAAUUUAUUUGACAGAGAGGCAAGCAGAGAGAGAGAGAGAUGAGUAAGCAGGUUCCCUGCUGAGCAGAGAGCCCGAUGUGGGACUCAAUCCCAGGACCCUGAGAUCAUGACCUGAGCUGAAGUCAGAGGCUUAACCUACUAAGCCACCCAGGUGCCCCGAAAUAAACAGAUUUUUAAAUAGAGAUAGAUAUGUAUACAUACCACCACCCCACAUCCAUGCAUAUUUAAUUACCUUGUAUGGGGUGAAUUUUGACCUCUGUUGGAGUUUUGGGUUUUAUAGGUGUCUUCUACAACAGGCACCCCUGAUGGCACCAACAAGACACUGAAAGCAUUUUCCGUGCAUUAGGUGUCAGUGGUGUGAUCAGGGAAUGGAAAAGGACAACCCCUGACAGCCUAGUUGGUAUUUUAUAAGCCUUCAGGAUUCAUUAAUAUUCAUCCCUAAUUUAUGAGUGGUUUAUGCUCCCCCAUAGCCUUGUCUAUGAUUAUGGCAUCUAUGAUACAUUCCUAUUUUUUUUCCUUCAUUUUUUGAAUUAUGCAUUUCCUUUUUUAUUUUACUGAUUUCUGCAUGAUAUUCUGGAGUUCUGUUUUUCACAUCAACAUUUUUAUCUUUAACACACCUCUGUGCUGUAGGCAAAUGUGUUCUUCUAUUAGACUGGAGAAAAGAAUUGAUUUUUUUUUCCCCUUGGUCACACUGAUGCGCCCUUUGGAAGGGUCCCAGCCCUCCUGAUGCUUAAUCCAGGGCUCUUCCUUUUCACACAGUGUUCUUUCCAUCUGGUUAGUCUUUGCCUCUGUUCUGUCUCUCUUCUCACAUCCACUUGCUCUCUUUGUCUCUUUCUCACUCAUCGUGAUGUGUACAUCCCAGCUUUUUGUGACUUAGUCAGUUGCAGACCUUAGACCAUGAAGUGAAAUCAAAUAGCAUGGGUUUGUGUGCUGGCUUGGCCCUCUCUAGCUACCUGCCUUUGGACUAAUUCAUUAACCCCUGUGAAUCCGUGUCCUCUGUAACUGAGGAUCAUAGUGGAACCUGUCCCAUGGGGUUGUGAUGAUUUUAGGGCACUCUAAUUCCCUAGCAUCGUGAUGGGCACAUGGAGUUUAGUAAGUGCUAAUAGCUGUUAUUAUCCUGAGGUUAUCACCCCAUCCCUUCACAGGUGAUAGUCUAUUGUCAAUUCCUAAUAAGUUGGGGGAUUUUAAGGAAGAAUAUGGGUGAACUUCAUCUCGAGAAAACUGUUCACCCUGCCUCUCUUUCAAAGGUGUGGUGAAGAUUUAUUUCCACUUUUAUCUCAUAUUAAUAGAUGUUAUGGGAAAAAGCCACCCUUCUGCGUUGAAUGAAAUGUCGAUUGUAACUGGUUAGCCAUUUGCACAGGCUAACGAAGAGCUUUCUUGGGAGUGGGGAGGGGAGGGGAGGGUCAAGCCCUGCAGCCUGGGCUCUGCCCUGGCCUCUCCUGCCGGUCCGCUCUCGGGCCUUUUUUUUUUUUUUCUAACUAAGAGUUUUUUUAUUGAAUGGAGAGGCGUCACAAUCGCCAUGGCAUACGUUAGAUUUUCAAAAUGUGCUGUUCAAAUAAUUGUUUUCUUUAAAUUUUAAUGACAAGUAGGCUCAAUCUUAAGUACAUAGUCAUCGUUUUUUUUUUUUUAAAGAUUUUAUUUAUUUAUUUGACAGAUCAAGAUUACAAGUAGGCAGAGAAGUAGGCAGAGAGAGAGGAAGGGAAGCAGGCCUCCUACUGAGCAGAGAGCCCGAUGUGGGACUCGAUCUCAGGACCCCGAGAUCAUGACCUGAGCCGAAGGCAGCGGCUUAACCCACUGAGCCACCCAGGCACCCCGUAGUCAUCGUUUUUAAAGAAAGUAUUGUAUUGACACUGUCAGAACUUUUUAUGGAAGUUUGUACAGAAAGCAAUUUUUAUUUUUUUUUAAAGAUUUUAUUUAUUUAUUUGACAGAGAGAAAUUACAAGUACACUGAGAGGCAGGCAGAGAGAGAGAGAGAGAAGGAAGCAGGCUCCCUACUGAGCAGAGAGCCCGAUGCGGGACUCGAUCCCAGGACCCUGAGAUCAUGACCUGAGCCGAAGGCAGCGGCUUAACCCACUGAGCCACCCAGGCACCCCGAAAGCAAUUUUUAUUUUUAACUGGAAAAAUAUAGAGAUAAUUUAUUUGGUUUAUUUAACUACCCUUCACUUUUUUUUUUUUAAGAUUUUAUUUAUUUGACAGAGAGACAGAUCACAAGUAGGCAGAGAGGCAGGCAGAGAGAGAGGGAAGCUGAGCAGAGAGCAUGAUGCGGGGCUUGAUCCCAGGAUCCUGGGAUCAUGACCUGAACCAAAGGCAGAGGCUCAACCCACUGAGCCACCCAGGUGCCCCCUACCCUUCACAUUUUUAAUGAGUGAUCUACGAGUGUACUUGGAAUUUCACAGUGACUGUACACCCACGCUGGCUUACUCGACUGUGUGAAACACGGAUACCACGUGGUAGCACUUAUUUUUAGAGCUCGCCAAGCACUGGAACAGAGUCAUUUUAGUUCAGGGUCACUUGCCGCAGUAGACACGACUGAAAGUUGAUUAGCAUUUGAGUUAAUUUCUCCAGUGAAGUUUCAAAAAAUAUGCAUAAAAACAAGAAAAUAAAGAGAACAUCCAGGACCUGGAAUGCUGAAAAUUAUACAUUCAUAGUACAGUUGAAACGAAUGGGCUGUGUUUUAAUGGGAGGGGGAAAAUGUUCUUUUUUUUUUUUUUUUAAAGAUUUUAUUUAUUUAUUUGACAGACAGAGGUCACAAGUAGGCAGAGAGGUAGGCAGAGAGAGAGGGGGGAGCAGGCUCCCCACUAAGCAGAGAGUCCGAUGUGGGGCUCAAUCCCAGGACCCCGAGAUCAUGACCUGAGCCAAAGGCAGAGGCUUAACCCACUGAGCCACCCAGGCACCCCGGGGGAAAAUGUUCUUAAAGAACUCCUUUCUUUAAUGUGUACUUUCUGUUUAUUUUGUUUUUUUCCUUGGCUUCCUCUCUGUUCUUAUAAUUCAGUUCAUCUUCUCUCUUAAGAGAAAUACCACAUCCUUUGAACCUAAGUGUCAGUUUACUUAUAUCCAUUAGUAUUUCAAUCUUUAGUUACAAAGAAAGGGGUGAGAUGUUAUUUUCUCCUCAUUUGUCAAUUCACAUCACAAAACAGGUGUUUAGAUACUCAUCUAAAUAAAUAAUCCCUUAGAUAAAUAAGUUGCCUAUUCUGAUGGUAAUAUUUAUUGUAACUAUUAUGUACCUCUUCUAAAUGCUAAUCAUUCAUUCUUUAUAUCAGUCCUAUAAGAUAGGUACUAUCAUACUCUCCGUUUUGUAGAUGAGAGAUCUGAAACAGAGAAGUUAACACCUAACACAUGUACAAACUAGAAUCUGAACCCAUCUAGGUCAUCUGACAGCAGUCUGUACUGGACCUCUCCACUAUCCUACCUCUUUAUUGUGAAGCUUUAAGUGAGUAUGGCCCACAUAGUUCUCCUCUAAUUGUUCGUUAUAUUUCAGUUAUCUUUUCUCCCUCAAGUCCAUCACAGAAUCUUGUCAUAUUACCAGGUACAUAGUUAGCCCUGCUGGUCCUACUGCCAAUUUAGAAUACUACAUUUUAUUUGGGGUCCUUUAUUUUUAAUUGAAGUGUUGGUAAAGAGCUCACCGAGGACGGUAACCAAUAUUAUACAAAGUCAUGGGAUUGAUACCAGAGACCACUUUUUUAUCUUCAAGAUUUGGGGAAAUCUGACAUCUUUUUAAUAUUUGAGGGAUUGUCAGGCAUAAGAGGUGGUUUACAGGUUCUGUGUUACUUCAGGGUGCAGGACAAGAUUCACAGUUGAAUUCACAGAGGGACAAUUUUAGCUCUGCAUAAAAGAGAGCUUUCUAACUUGAGUCAUCUGAUAGAACAGGCCUUUUGUGAUGUAAUAGCUCUGUCCAUUAUUAGAAAUCUCAAAUUCUCGCAUUCCCUAUGAACUGGAAAAGGCUUUCAAGAACAGCGUUCUCAGAGCAGACUCAGGCUCACAAUGCUGAAAUGAAUUUCUCAAGAUAAUCACUCCAUUCAGAAGACUGAUGCUGUGUGCUGAGAACAGGAAGGAGAUGGAGGACUGGAUGAGCUCACUGAAGUCUGUACAGACCAGAGAACCUUACGAGGUGGCCCAGUUUAACGUGGAACAUUUCUCAGGGAUGCAUAACUGGUACGCCUGCUCCCACGCGCGACCCACUUUCUGUAACGUGUGCAGAGAGAGUCUUUCUGGAGUCACCUCCCAUGGCCUGUCCUGUGAAGUGUGUAAAUUCAAAGCUCACAAAAGAUGUGCAGUGAGGGCAACAAAUAAUUGCAAAUGGACAACUCUAGCCUCCAUAGGGAAGGACAUCAUAGAGGACGAGGAUGGAGUAGCUAUGCCUCACCAAUGGCUUGAGGGUAACUUGCCCGUGAGUGCCAAGUGUGCUGUCUGUGACAAAACGUGUGGGAGUGUUCUGCGUCUACAAGAUUGGAAAUGCCUUUGGUGUAAAACAAUGGUACACACUGCCUGCAAAGAUUUAUACCAUCCUGUGUGUCCCCUUGGCCAAUGUAAAGUAUCUGUCAUACCUCCAAUUGCACUGAAUAGCACUGAUUCUGAUGGUUUCUGUAGAGCGACAUUUUCAUUCUGUGUUAGUCCUCUACUGGUUUUUGUCAAUUCUAAGAGUGGAGAUAAUCAGGGAGUAAAGUUCCUUCGUCGAUUUAAACAGUUGCUAAAUCCGGCUCAGGUGUUUGAUUUAAUGAAUGGAGGUCCUCAUUUAGGUUUAAGAUUAUUCCAGAAGUUUGACAAUUUCCGAAUUCUUGUUUGUGGAGGAGAUGGAAGUGUAGGUUGGGUCUUGUCAGAAAUUGAUAAGCUCAACUUGAAUAAACAGUGUCAGCUGGGAGUAUUGCCUUUGGGUACAGGAAAUGACCUUGCCCGGGUUCUAGGCUGGGGUGGUUCCUACGAUGAUGACACCCAACUUCCUCAAAUUCUAGAGAAGCUGGAACGUGCCAGUACCAAAAUGCUAGACAGGUGGAGUAUAAUGACCUAUGAACUCAAAUUGCCACCAAAGGCUUCUCUACUCCCAGAACCUCCAGAAGCAUCGGAAGAAUUUUAUAUGACAAUUUAUGAGGACUCCGUUGCAGCUCAUCUUACAAAAAUUCUCAAUUCUGAUGAACAUGCUGUGGUCAUAUCAUCUGCCAAGAUACUAUGUGAAACUGUAAAGGACUUCGUUGCCAAAGUAGAGAAGGCCUAUGAAAAAACGUUGGAAAACACCGUUGCCGCAGACGCCAUGGCCAGUAAAUGUUCGGUCCUAAAUGAAAAGCUUGAACAACUGCUUCAAGCUUUGCACACAGAUUCCCAGGCCACCCCCGUUCUCCCAGGCAUUCACUCUCUCAUCGUAGAAGAAGAUACCGUGGAAUCUUCCAGUGAAGAAUCCUUGUGUGAAAGCAAAGAACAGCUCGUAGAUGACCCUGCAAAACCUCCCUCCCAGAAAGCUGUCAAGCCAAAGGAAAUAAUGCUGCGGGCAAACAGUUUAAAGAAAGCUGUGAGACAAGUCAUUGAAGAAGCUGGCAAGGGUACCCGUGAACAAGGUUGGCCUUUGAAGAAGUUAGCUGCAUCCCCAUCUUUUAUGGAUGACCAGAGUGUCCAUCCCUGUGAGCCAGUUAGCCAGUCGUUCGAUAAUGACAGUACAGAAACAGAUGAAUCUAAAGAAGAGUCUAAAGACGAUGACACAAGAGAGUCACUAACUGUUAAAGCUGCACCUGCACCUCGGUCUCCAGAUGGCCGGGCAAGUCGUUCCCAAGCUGACUCUGGCUCUGGUCCCACUGUGGCAGCUGGCAAAGAGAACCUCCCUGUGCUCAACACCAGAAUAAUCUGCCCAGGUUUAAGAGCAGGACUAGCUGCCUCCAUCGCUGGGAGUUCUAUAAUCAACAAAAUGUUACUAGCAAAUAUUGAUCCUUUCGGUGCAACGCCAUUUAUCGACCCUGAUCCAGAUUCAGUAGAUGGAUAUUCAGAAAAAUGUGUCAUGAACAAUUACUUUGGGAUUGGAUUAGAUGCAAAAAUUUCAUUAGAAUUUAAUAAUAAGAGAGAGGAGCACCCUGAAAAAUGCAGGAGCCGAACUAAAAACUUGAUGUGGUAUGGAGUCCUUGGAACCCGGGAGUUGUUACAGAGAUCAUACAAGAAUUUAGAACAGAGGGUUCAGCUUGAGUGUGAUGGGCAGUAUAUUCCUCUCCCCAGUCUGCAAGGAAUAGCAGUGUUGAACAUUCCCAGCUAUGCAGGAGGCACUAACUUUUGGGGUGGAACUAAAGAGGAUGAUAUAUUUGCUGCACCAUCAUUUGAUGACAAGAUCCUGGAAGUCGUUGCAAUAUUUGAUAGCAUGCAAAUGGCAGUUUCAAGGGUCAUUAAACUGCAGCAUCAUCGAAUAGCCCAGUGCCGAACGGUAAAAAUCACUAUAUUUGGCGAUGAGGGAGUCCCAGUGCAGGUGGAUGGUGAAGCAUGGGUUCAGCCUCCAGGAAUUAUCAAAAUUGUGCACAAAAACAGAGCUCAGAUGCUAACAAGGGACAGGGCGUUUGAAAGCACGCUGAAAUCUUGGGAGGAUAAACAAAAGUGUGAUUCCGGUAAACCAGUUCUUCGAACCCAUUUGUACAUCCAGCAUGCUGUUGACUUGGCAACAGAAGAAGUGUCCCAGAUGCAGCUCUGCUCCCAGGCCGCAGAGGAGCUCAUUACUAGGAUCUGUGACGCAGCCACAAUCCAUUGUCUCUUGGAACAAGAGCUGGCCCAUGCUGUGAAUGCAUGCUCCCACGCCCUAAAUAAAGCCAACCCACGCUUCCCAGAGAGUCUUACGAGAGACACUGCCACGGAAAUAGCCAUCAAUGUGAAGGCACUUUAUAAUGAAACAGAAUCUUUGCUAGUGGGCAGGGUCCCUUUGCAGUUAGAAUCCCCACAUGAGGAGCGUGUUUCUAAUGCCUUACAUUCCGUGGAGGUGGAGCUGCAGAAGUUAACGGAGAUUCCGUGGCUUUACUAUAUCUUACACCCAAACGAAGACGCGGAGCCCCCCAUGGAUUGCACCAAGAGAAACAGCAGAAGCACAGUCUUUCGGAUCGUGCCAAAGUUUAAAAAGGAAAAGGUUCAGAAGCAGAAGACAAGUUCACAGCCUGUUCAAAAAUGGGGCACAGAGGAAGUUGCUGCUUGGCUGGAGCUGCUCAGUUUGGGAGAGUACAGAGAAAUCUUCAUCCGUCAUGACAUCAGAGGGGCUGAACUUUUGCAUCUGGAAAGGCGAGAUCUUAAGGACCUGGGGAUAACGAAAGUGGGUCAUAUGAAGCGAAUUCUCCAGGGAAUUAAAGAGCUUGGAAGGAGCCCUCCCCAGGCUGAGUUGUAAUCAUAUUGGUGCUAUUCCUUGGAAGGGAAGUUAUUGCUACUUAAUACAAAGCUCUUAGAAGCAAUGGUCUGUUUCUGUACUUUUCUGCCUGGAAAGCAAGUACCAGGGAAGCACCUCUAUGGCUUGAUAUCUUGCUGUGGGUGAAAAUUUUCAUUUGAGGUAAUGGGAAAUAUUUUUGUGCCAAAAACAUAUACAUUCCACGAAGCCAUUUACUUAUUGUGCAAACUUGACGUGUUCAGAUAUGCUCAUCUUAGUAAGGAGGUGGGAAGAAUCCGAGAUAAUUGCGUGGUCUGAAGGGUGGAAACGUUUAGUUACAUUGUACUUUCCUGAAACUUGGUCAGAUGAAAUGUCCUUACCAUAUGACUGCAUAACAAUAUGUGGCUAAAACUUCUAGUUUUCAUUAUUGGAGGCAUUGGCUUCUUCCUUAAAAAUCACUGGUUAGGAGACUAAGAUAUACAUUAGUUUGUGUUUUGAAUGCUAGAUUGGGUGUCAACUGAGAUUUCUAGCAUUCAGUGGUCAGGGAACAUGGUUGAAACCCCUCAAAUAUUAUGAAUGAAUGCAGAUCUUAAUGCACGGCAUUCCUGCCUGACUGGUCUUUCUUUUUCUUGCAUGUCACAUGUAAUAUCGUAAAACUUAGCUUUAAUGUCAGCUUUAAUGGAAUUUAAUUUAUUAUUACCGAAGUUACCUUUUUGUUGGUUCAAGGCACUUUUCUGUUCUUUGAUGGGGGCUUUUGGAUAAAUAUUCUGUAUUUAAGAAUUUGUGAACAUGUGUCUGUGCCAUAAUCAACAAAUGAUACACAUUUUAUGCAAGCCAAUUCAAUGUCACUCUAUCAUCAACAGUAGACAUGCGCAUUAAGAAACUCUGGAUAUUUUUAUAAAAUUACAUGUUUUGUUGCUGAACUAAAAGCUUAUUAUAGCUUCCUAAACCAAAAUUCCCAUAUUUUGUUAUUCUUUUGGUUUAAUUUAGUAUUUAUUUAAUACUCUGUUUGCAUUUAUAAUAUAGUGAGCUAUUGACAUCCAGGAGUUUCCCCGAGGCCUCAACUGGGAUUCAUAUACUGAUUGGUCACCCAGACUUACCUGCUAGCUAGAGUAACUACUGAUAAAACUUCUCAAUGAGAGAUUUAAAUUUUUAAAUUUUUUCUUAAGGGCUUUAUAUUAUUAUUAUUAUUAUUAUUAUAUUAUUAUUAUUAUCUCACUUAAUUCUUAUAUCAAGUAGAUAGCAUUUUCCUUUUCCUAAACCACAGUACUUCAGUGUAAGCUUAUUAGGAGUCAACCUUACAAUUACCAAAUCUUUGAAAGCCAAAGGCAUACAUGUCAAAAAGUCAUAAAAAUAUCCUUAAACAAUCUUUCUUUAAACAUUAUAUACCAAAAAUUAAUUGUAAUAUUUAAAAAUCUUCUAUAUAAGAGAAGAAAACAGGGUAUUGACCCAGUGGUGACAAUUUUCAUGAAGUAGCCUUCUAAGUAGGUGCUCAAUAGAAAAACAUACACACCCAUGUACAUAUACGUUUCUACGUGUCUAUACACACAUGCAUGUACAUUCACACUUACGUAUGCAUCAUCUUGAAAUAUUCUCUCAUUGAUAUUUUCUGGACAAUUAUUUGUCACAUGCCUAAUGAGAAAUAUUAUUGAGAAAGCAUUUAAAAAUGAACACUGUCAAGCAUAGAAUUUCAUUAUAGCAAAGGAGUUUAAAUAUUUGACACUUUAGUCUUAUUUAUAAAUUGGGCAUUUAAGUACCAGCAAAAUCACAAAAUUUUGAUAUCUUAAAAAUAAAUGAGCCUGGUGGGUUCCUGACCAAAUGUGUCUGACUAUAUGUUUUACCUAAGUUGUGAAUAAAUGGAAAUUUCCCAAAGGGAAUUACAUCAAGUAGCGUGAAAGAGUCAGAAGCUACUCAUUUAAUAUUAUAAUGUUACCCACACUUAGGAAAUCAAAGAGCUUCUUUUAUAGUCUUCACCUCUCCAGCCCCUGAAGGUAUCCUGCUUUUCUAGGCAUUUCCCUAUGAAAUUAAAAUGGAGAUGCCAGCUGUCAGAUCAAGAUCCCUAUCCAGCUCUACCAAAAAAAGAAAAGUAGGGGCAAAGAGGCAAGGAACUCCUGAGAAUAAUUAAUUAAUAUAAAAAUCUUUACUGAUUUUCAUUCACCCAAAAUACCCCUUUGCCACUAGAAAAGAUUUAAGCUAUUACACAUUCAGAAUUUGAGAGUAAGAUGAAGAUAAUUAAAUUUUUUGUUUGAUGCUGAUCUUUUUACUCAUAGGUAAUAACUCUUAUCUAUGCUGUAAAACCUCAAUUAAUGGACUCUUUAACUAGAAUUUUCUUGCAAAUGGCUUUUGGAUGAGGGAAAUCCUUUAAGAUGACAAUUUUGGUAUCUUUUUUGUUGUUGUUAAAUAAGAGAAAUUUUUCCUGUAUGCUUUGUCUGUGCAUGAUGGAUGUAGGACCCAGAUGACCUUAUUCAUAUCUGUUGGCCAAGAUGGUGUCCUCAGAGCCUCCCUAGGUGCCCAUUAGCAUCAAAGAGGAGCCAGCUUAUAGUAGAUGUGGCUAAGAAUAAAAAGUAGGAAGAACUGCUCUCUGGAAUCUGAUCACAGCUCAGGGGAGUGCAGGUGGGGCCUCUGUACCUUGAUCCAUUCGUAAGCUGAGCUGAAAAGCUUAACCCUGCUCCCAGUUGCCUGCUGUAACUGCCAUUCCACUGCUAGGCUCUCCCAAACCUGGAUAAUUUGGAAGGGAUGAAGGGGAAUCACAGCCCAGCCAACAUCCACUCCCUUACAGUCUUAUUUUCCUGAGGAAGAAUUUGAGACAGAUGUGCAUGUGUGUGUGUGUAUACAUAUAUAUAUGUGUGUGUGUAUAUAUUUUUUUUAAGAUUUUUUUUUUAAGUAAUCUCCACACCCAACGUGGAGCUUGAGCUCACAACCCCAAGACCAAGAGUCCCAUGCUCUACUGACUGAGCCAGUCAGUAAAACAUGGGACUUCCAAGAAGGAAAAGGACAGGGUCAGGCCUAAGUAAAAUUUCGAAGUGUGCACCCCGCCCCCCCCACACUUUUUUUCCCCUUCAGUAUUACUCCACCUCCCUUCUCACCUCCUGGCUUCCCGUCUCCCACAUGGCCGUACUGUGACGGUUGCUCAAAUCCUCACUGCCAUCUGCUACCCUUUCUUCAUCAACUCCCCAGCCAGAAAAUGACCCCUUUCAUCUCUCCCCACUCAAGUGCCCAUUAUGGGUCAUCUGAGCAAAAUGUUAGAGAACAAUUUAAAGAAACGAACUUUACAGUUUGCGUUUCAUAAAAGGAAACCUGGUAAUCUAAAUAAAUUGGUGGGUUGGAUAAUUUGGAGACUGUGAUAUAGAUCACUCUGGCUGAGAUGAGAUGAUCUGUGAAUGUCCAGACCUGUGUUGUCCGAUCUUGUAGGGACUAGCCACAUGCGGCAGUUUCAGUUUACAUUGAUUUAAUUAGAAAGUUAGUUUCUCAAAUGCACCAGCCACAUUUCAAGUGCUCAGUCACUAUGAUAGACAGUACAGAUGUUGAACAUUUCCAUCACUGCAAAAAUUCUACUGACAGCACUGCUCUAGAUCAUUGCUACUCAGAUGUGGUCCAUGGACCAGCAGCAUAACACCUGGGAGCUUAGAGAAAUGCACUCUCAGGUCCAUUCUGGACCUACCAAAUAUCAAUCUUCUUUUAAACAAGAUUUGUCAGUGAUCAGCGUGGGCCUAGCCACAUUUUAACUCUCCCAGCUAUUAAGGAUUUGAGUUCUUCAAAAAGCCCGUAGAAUAGCUCAUUCCCCAACCCACCACUUCCUAGAAAUGCCAGAAAUGAGUUUUAACUCCUUCAUCACCUUCACUGAGUUUUCUUCUCAAUGUUUUUUCCUGAUUCUGGUUCUAGAUAAACCCUGCCUACCCAUGGGUUUUAUUUUGGUAGCUAAGGUAAAAUAGGAGAUUGGCUGACCAACACAGCUGGCCCCUCUCCAGCUCCCCAUGUCACAGUUGAGUCACUAACAAUCCACUUCUGCUCAGUUUCUUGCUCAUGUGGCAUUCUCAUUUGUUCACAACUUAAGUCACAGGGAACAUUUCAGAAGAGUAUGUACCGAGAUAAGUGAAGACCGGGUCAGUCUCCUACAACUUGUACAUUUCACUUUCUCUUAUCACUAGAUUAUCUUGUUGACAUAGUUCAUACUUGAGGAUACAGAUAGCACAUGCACACAAAAUGAGUAACGAGGUGUGGGAAAAAAAAAAAAAAAAGAAAGAGCCAAAAUGAGUGCAAGUAAACUGAACAUGUCAUCAAAGCCCUCAAAGAGGGCACAUUUUGCUGGACUUUUUUUCUUAUUAUGCCAAGUUGUUUUGAUUUUUCAGACACUUAAUUCUGUAAAGUAGUGUCUACGAUAUAUCAUAUUUUUGAUCCUUAAAAUACAAAUUAUUUAAUUCUCUAAUAAGAUCUUUCCCAGUGAUUUAUUGUCAAUACUUAAUCAUUUUUACAUACUGAUAUCAUUUACCAGAACAUUACUGCCUAGAGAUUCUUUAGCUAAUCUUAAGGAAUAAAGAGGGCACUACUUUAGUCCUAAUAGGAGUUAUUUUUAACAGGAUCAAGAAAGAAUAUAUUCAUGCAAAGCUAUGACUUAGAAAAUUACAGUGGAAAUCUCUAUAUACAUCAUUUAUGAAGUAAAUUAUCUAUUCUGUCAGACUGGGCUGAGAUACAGUGGACUUUCACAUUAUACAGAUAUGAAUUCUUAAAGGAUAGAGUUUUUCGCUGAGCUCCAUAACCGUCACAUCUCUCAGCCUUGACCAUUAGGAUUUCUCCUUCCCUCUCCAGGCAGGAUGAACUCACCCUGCAUUUUUCAGAUUCAAACUAGGUAAAUUGGUUCAGUGUGUGAUAAUAAUCCAAGUGGCAGUUUUAAAACACCAAGUUUUUAUAAUCAGUUGAAAGGACUGAACCGUGAAGAUUCUUCACAUACUAACUACUGUUCAAUGGCAUAACCUCCCUGGCAGUUCCCACGGUGCUUGGCAGCCACUGUUCCUCCCUCUCUGGCUUGCCUCCACCCAGUAUCAUGGGGCCUGGGACCUGUUUGUCUCUGCUAGGCAUCUCCCCCAGUGACUUUUGUAUAAUGAUCUCUCUGUCAAAUGGUAAUACAAUGCCUUCGCAGUAGGAUGCCUUCCUAAAGAAACAACCAAAACUUCAAAAAGGCAAUGAAUAUUAGUUUUUUUAAUACCCAAAGCAUUCUUUACCUUUAUUAUUGCUUCUUUUUAUUAUUGUCUCCAAAUUUCGUUUAGAGACAUUUCUGUGGGCAGAAAAAACUUUAUUAAAGGUUUAUCAUUACAGAGAACAGAGAGAUAAAAGACAGCUGGACUGUAUGGAUUUGUAUACUUCUUUCUGUUAUUUUCAGGAAAAUAAGUUUGAUAGCAACUGAAACUGCACUAAACUCAGUUACAGUGUUUUAGAUAAAAACCCAUAUUGCUACUGUAGAUGAACAGACUGAUUCCCCUUAUGUAACUAAGCUAUUCUAUUUACACAUCUUUAUAUUUUAUCUCUUAAUUUUUGAUACACACCCAAGCUUAGAUUGGAAAAACGGAUACCAAGCCACUACUUAAAAGCUAUAAAAGCUCCACAUAAAAUAUUUCAUUUUAGCUACAAGUUAUUCAUUGCAUAGGAAUUUAUAAAUAGUCCGGGUAUUUCAUAGGAACUGCAUUUCAAGAGUAAAUUAAUCUUAUCUAAAAACAUAGGGAUACUUUUAAGAUGCAUUAAGAUAAGUUCCAUAUUCAGUUGAUGAUACCAUUGAAGUAGGAUAAUGCAGUUAGAUAAACAAGCUAAAAAGAAAAAAGAAUAUAUUUUGUGGUCCUUACUGUUUGCACUAUUGUUUACCACAGCUUAGCCAUAUCUGUUUGUAUAUUCUAAGUAUUAAGCUGAUAUGUAGCUGAAGAUUUCUUACAGUUCUGGUAACUGGUAACUAGUGCUGUGAAAGAUUUUGGUAUUGUAACCUUCCCAGUUUUGUGAGUUAUAUAUUGUAUAUUGAAGAUGACUAAUAAAUUGGAGUAAUAUAUUUAUCUAGAGCUGGGAAAAUAUGAUAAUUAUUUUCAAGUCUUCAAAUAAGUUGUAUGGAAUUUGUUUCUUCCUCUCAAGUGAGAUACAAGUCUCACUUUUAUGUCAAAAUGUCUAUUUAUACAACAGGUUUCUCCUUUUACUGGUUUUAUUAAUUUUCAUAUUAAAAUUUUUCUUAUCUUUUGAUACCACAAUAAUUAUCAUGCUGGUUAUUCAGACUGCCAAGAUGUAUUUUAGUUUGCGGGAAUUUUGGCAGACAAAAUAUUUAAUAACAAACCAGCUUUGUAUAUUUUGUGGCUUUGGGGGCAAGAAUUUUACCUUCGAAACUCUAUAUGAGGCAGUGCUGAUAUUAACAAAGUCAAUGAUAAGACAGUAUUACUUGUGAUCAUCAGUAGAAGGUUUUCUCAAGUUGUAUAAAUCAGUGCAUUUAUUUAUUAUGUUGUGAAAUUUAAUCUUUAUGCAAAAUGCAUAUUCUAGCUCUUUUCUUUGUUACUGCUGUUGCUUAGAGUGUAAUAGGUCUGUUAAUGAUUUACUUAUGUACUUGAAGUACUCAUUUCUGUCAAACAGAUGCCCAGUUUUUUUCCUUGUUAAAAAAAAAGGUAAUCUUUUUUACCAUCAUCAAUAACUAAAUAGUAAUAGGGAUUUGUUAAAAAAAUAACUUGCCUAUUUAAAAUAAAUACAGAAAAGGGCAUAAUGCCAAAAUGAAA